CGAACCAUGGAUGGGAUUGUUGUUCGACAGAAAAGUAUCAUGUUUGACAUAUGGCAAGACUUAUUUUACGUCAUUCCAAUCAAGCGUAAAAUACGAGAUGUAUGAUUUUUCGAAAUACGGAUCAGUGCAAUUAUUCCUAAGAUAUAAUAUAGAAACGAAUUGUCUACAAUGAAGCUUGUAUCAAAGUAUAUUGAUAAAGAUGGGAAAGGGAGUGUGUCCCUGAUCGCAGAAAAUACUGAAGAUAUGUGGCAUACAUACAAUCUCAUUGGUAAAGGAGAUUUUGUUAGUUGUUCCACUAUUAGAAAAGUGCAAAUGGAAUCUGCAACCGGUAGCUCCAAUAGUCAUAGAGUCAGAACUACUCUUACUAUAUGUGUAGAAGUCAUCGAUUUUGAUAAACAGGCAUGUGUUUUAAGACUGAGGGGUAAAAAUGUAGAAGAAAAUAAAUAUGUUAAGGUGGGAGCAUAUCACACAUUGGAUGUAGAACAAAAUCGAAAGUUUACAAUUAGGAAAGCUAAAUGGGAUUCCGUUUUUUUGGAAAGAGUCGAUACUGCAUGCGAUCCUACACAGAAUGCAGAUGUUGCUGCCGUAGUGAUGCAAGAAGGCAUAGCACAUAUUUGCUUAAUAACUUCAAAUAUGACAAUAGUACGUGCUAAAAUAGAUCAAGUUAUCCCUAGAAAAAGAAAAGGAAAUGUUUCACAACAUGAAAAGGGCUUAGCAAGAUUUUAUGAAAAUAUAAUGCAAGGAAUAUUAAGACACAUCAAUUUUGAUAUCGUGAAAUGUGUUAUUCUUGCUAGUCCUGGUUUUGUCAAAGAUCAGUAUAUGGACUAUAUGAUACAACAGGCCAUUAAAACUGACAACAAACCAAUAAUAGAAAAUAAGAGUAAAUUCUUGCUUGUCCAUUCGAGUUCCGGAUUUAAACAUUCAUUAAAAGAGAUUUUGGCUGAGCCAGCAGUGAUGUCCCGUAUUUCUGAAACAAAAGCAGCUGGUGAAGUAAAAGCUCUAGAAACAUUUUUUACAGUACUCCAAACUGAUCCUUCGAGAGCAUUUUAUGGGAAGAAGCACAUUAAUAAAGCCAUUGAAGCUCAGGCUAUUGAAACAUUGCUUAUCUCAGAUAAAUUAUUUAGGUGUCAAGAUGUUGAUGUCAGGAAAGAGUAUGUUGAAAUAGUUGAAAACGUAAGAGACUCUGGUGGGGAUGUAAAAAUAUUUUCAAGUCUUCAUGUAUCGGGUGAACAGUUAGAACAAGUUACGGGAAUAGCAGCUGUAUUACGUUUUCCUAUGCCGGAAUUAGAAGAUGAAAGUGAUGGCGAAAGCGAUUCAGAUGAAGACGAUUAAGGGCUAAUGUAACGUGCUAUCGUACAUCUUUGUAUAUACUUGUGCUGUGCGCAAUCAAAAUAUAUUAAUAAUAAAAGUGCAGAUUAAUUGUACCUUUCAAAUA